AGUGGCCUCGUUUUAAACCCCUCCUGCUUCUGCAGUACUUGUAGCAUGUUUGUCAAAAAUGGCUGGUGACGGGGAGCAACAGCGAACACACCGGGCAGGGAUUUACAAACAGAAAAACAAGCUACACAAGCAUGGCAAACACCGGACAAAGGGAGAAAUUGAGCGAGAGAAUAAAGGUCGCGUGUCAGUGAUGGGCCUCACCAAGAAGCAGAGGCGGGAGCAGAAGAAGAUCGACCGGCGGCACAAAGCCAGUCAGCUGCGGCGCAACAAGAGAGAUUCGGUGCUGACGCAGAAGCGCAGCCUGGGCAGCAGAGAUGGACCCCCCCACCUGGUGGUAGUGGUGGCCCUGCACGACGGACUCAACGCAGAAGCCGUUGCACAUCUGCUCAGGGGAGAACGAGCGGGGGGGCUUGUGCAAGAGAAAGCCGGUGUGACUGGGGUCCCAGACAGCUUCGGCCUGGUUAUUCCCCGCUUUAAACAGAGGUUCAUCUUCGUCAACCCUGGCAGAGUGGACCUUCAUUCCCUACUGGACUUGGCCAAGGUGGCUGAUAGCCUGCUGUUUGUGCUGGACUACACAGUUGGGUGGGACAGCUAUGGAGAUUACUGCCUGUCCUGCCUCUUUGCACAGGGAUUGCCCAGCCAUGUGCUGGUUUGCCAGGGAGUGUCGGCGCUGCCGGUCAAAAAGCAGGUGGAGUGCAAGCGGGCGCUGCAGCGGGUGGCUGAGACACGCUUCCCCGGGGCGAAGCUCUUUCCCCUGGACACGGAGGAGGAGGCCACCCUGCUGCUCAGGCACCUGGGUGUGCAGAAGCAGAAGAGGCUGGGCUUCCGCUCUCACCGCUCACACCUGCUGGCCCAGCAUGCAUCCUACACCCCUCACCCCGCCGACUCUGCCACGGGAACAGGGACCCUGUGCGUCUCGGGCUACGUGCGGGGGCGUCCCCUGCAGGUCAACAGGCUGGUGCACAUCGUCGGACACGGCGACUUUCAGCUCAGCCGGGUUGAUGCCCCUCCUGACCCUCUGCCCCUCCUCUUUUCAACCCAACCCAAGCGUGAGAAAGGUGACAUGGAGAUGCAGGACGUGAAUGGCGCUGCAGUCCGGGUCCUGAUGGAAGCGGACCCCUCUCACAGGGAGAGCCUGCAGACGGAGGCUGAAGUGGACCCUAUGGAGGGAGAACAGACCUGGCCCACUGACACAGAACUGCUGGAGGCUGAAGAGGCCAGGAAGAAUAAGAAGGUAAUGAAGGUUCCCAAAGGGACGUCGAGCUAUCAGGCUGCCUGGAUCCUGGAUGAUGGAGAGGAGAACGGUGAAACGGAUCCUGAAAGUGAGGAUGACGACGACGACGAUGAAGAUAAUGAUAACACAAUGAUGGACGAGGUGGAAGAGGAAGAUGAUGAAUCUCCGGAUUCAGGUUCUGGUUGCGCCUCUGAUUCUGGGGAAGAGGAAGAGGAAGAGGAAGAGGAGGAAGUGAGCUCCACUGGUCGUGACCAGCCAGGGCAGCGGUACGAUGAGAAUAUGGACGAGGCGGAGGAGGGGGAGGAGCUGAGACGCUACCGCGAAGCGCGCGCCAACGACAUGUUCCCUGAUGAAGUGGACACACCUAUAGACACACCUGCCAGGAUCAGGUUCCAGCGCUAUCGGGGGCUGAAGAGUUUCCGCUCCUCGCCGUGGGACCCCCUGGAGAACCUCCCCCCUGACUACUCGCGCAUCUUCCAGUUCCAGAGCUUCGAGCGCAGCCGGCGGCGCGUCCUGGCCGAGGCCGCGCAGGAGGAAGAGGGGGCAAUGGUGGGCUGGUACGUGACGCUGCACAUCGCGGACGUCCCGCCCUCCGUGAUGGAGAGUUUUCAGGCCGGAAAGCCUCUGGUCCUGGUGUCCCUGCUGCCCAACGAACAGAAGAUGUCUGUGAUGCAUAUGCUGGUCCGGCGGCACCCAGCCAACACUGAGCCCAUCAAGGCCAAACAGGAGCUGGUGUUCCAGUGUGGGUUCCGCCGAUUUCGGGCCUCCCCCAUCUUCUCCCAGCACACCUCAGCUGAUAAGCACAAAAUGGAGCGCUUCCUGCAAGCCGGAACCCCCACAGUGGUGUCUGUGUACGCCCCUAUCACUUUCCCCACAGCCGGGGUGCUCCUCUUCAAACAGAGCCCUGAAGGCACGCAGGACCUGGUGGCCACAGGCUGCCUGCUGGGCUGUAACCCUCAGCGUGUGAUACUGAAGAGGAUUGUGUUGAGUGGACACCCAUUCAAGAUCAACCGCCGCUCCGCUGUCAUCAGAUACAUGUUCUUCAACAGGGAGGACAUCCUGUGGUUCAAACCUGUGGAGCUGCGCACCAAAUGGGGGAGGAGAGGCCACAUCAAGGAGGCUCUGGGUACACACGGUCACAUGAAGUGUGUAUUUGAAAAUCAGCUUGGCUCUCAGGACACCGUGUUGAUGAACCUGUACAAGAGAGUUUUUCCCCGCUGGACGUAUGAUCCCUAUGUACCCCUGCCCUCUGUCAGAGAGGGGGGUGAGAAGAUGGAGGAAUCCAAAAUGGAGUAGACGAGAGGGGUAGUGUGUGUUUACCCUGAAGGGGAGAUGGACUUUUGAGCAGGGGGGGAAACUGUAAUGUAAGCGAAGAAGUGAGGAGUAACUGCAUUUCCUGCUAACGGAGGAAAGUGCUGUCAUUUUAAUUAAAAUGUUUCCGUAUGUCA